AGGUGAUUCCCUUCAUUGCAAAAAAUAACACAUCAUGAGUGGAAGCGGAUAUCGUUUCAACUUUAGAACGGCUGUCUUUAUUUUGCUUCUCCUUUUCAUGGUAAGUAUAAAUUAGUAAAUUCUUAAACAAAAUUAGUAAAUGCAUACAUGUUUGGAGCUCAGCCGCUGAUUCCAAUUCCCUAUAUAAGUGAAAUGUAUAUACAUGCGCAAUUUCUACCUUAGCUCUUGUUUCCUAUAAGUACAAAGUUUCUCAGUUAAGCACAAAGCCCAUGAAGGCAUCUAAAUAUAAAAAAAAACACGCAUUAAACUGCAUUUAUGACAUGCAUUAUGUGUAUAAGCUCAUGCAUGUGCAUGUAUAAUAUUGUAUGUUCAUCUUAUUGAAUGUUCACGCAUGCUUUAUUCCAAACUAAUAAUGGACUUGGGUGAAAUAAAGUUACCUUCUUGAAAUGAAGAUCAGCAUGCAGAAUAUACAUUUUUAUCCAAUGGAUGUUAUAUGUCUGGAUUAUGUAUCUAUACAUAACAAACAAUCAGCUAAAAUUGAUAUUCUUGUCUAGUAAACCCAUACAUUUUUGGAUAAACUUGUAUAUCUUAUCUACAAAGUCUAAGUCUAAGGUGCUGUAUUAAGCAUGAUCAGAACCAUUUAGAGACAAAGACAAAAUUUGUUUGAUGUUAUCGACCUAUCGUAAAGAAAUAGAAUGUAUAUUUUAACCUUGUAGUUAUACUUUUUGCUUUUUGGCUCUAUUGUAAAACCUUUUAAAAAACGAAUAUUUUCAUCUUGCACAGCGUUUGGACAUUUGUAAUUGUGUGGAUCGCCCCUAUGAACUCAUCAAAGAAAAAGUUAAAGAAAUAUGUGAUAGCAAGUCAAAUAUAACAAAAGAUUGUGAGUAUUGCAUUGCGUUGCAUACCAGAAUGAAACAAUUGUUGGUCGUCUAGGCAAAUAUUUACAUCGCACUAGACCAAUUCAGGCCAUGCACAUGCUCCUUGCAUGUAUGUGAAUUAAAGAUGUGUUUUACUCCCAAAAAGGUCUUUUAUUUAAAAAAAUCCACAAAAAUUCUUAAAAAUGCAGUGCUUGUAUUUCCGCUUGAUUAAUGUACGUUAAAACCUCUAUAAUUCGUAUUACAUGAAAUAGUUACGUGCAACACAGCAUGUAGUGUAGAUUAAUCAAGCGAGAAUAUGAGCAUUGCCAUUGCAUUUUCGAGCAAUUUUAUGGAUUUUCUUUAAAACAAGACGCCUGCUCAGGUGUUCACACUGCCCUGAAAAUGACGACAUACGUGCUAUGGUGUAAUAGACAAGGAGUACAAAUCGUGAACCGGCCGCAAAGCGUGAAAGGCUGAAAGCGUGGCGUGAUCCUGACAUGAGUGGGUGGGUGGGAUACGCAAAAUUAUCCUAUGUUAUCCUGAGGAGAUGUUUUCGUAAUGUCCAAUGAAACACAAGUAUUAAUAACUCACAAAUACAAACGUUAUCCAUAAAUGCACAUGGUCUCUGAGCAUGCGAUGUGCUAACAUAGACAACAUUGUUUACAUUCCGUAGGUCUGUAACCUGAUAAAAUUCGCAAAACUCAGCGAUCCAGAUAACGCAUUUCCAGAGAUGUUGCACGAAAAAAACACCAAGUCAACUUCUAAGAAAGUGCAGAGUAGGAUAAAUACAAAUUCUACAGAAAAACGCGGUAAAAUUCGUUGACAAAUGAAGAAAUUGUUUGAGACUGAAAUAGUAAACUGGAACGACUGCAAAUCGUUAAAUAUAAUCGUUAAAUAAAUCCUGUCCGGCAAUGUAUGCAGAUGAUACAAAUCUUACAGUAUGUUCAGAUAGCAUUAAUAAUUUGGAGGAAGCACUAAAUUCUGAAAUGAAAAAUAUUCACCAGUGGCUUCUUUCAAACAAGCUAACUUUAAACAUUGAAAAAACAGAAUACAUGAUCAUUGGAACCCGUCAAAGAUUAGCUAAAAUUCAAAAAAAUACUAGCGUAUCAUGCGGGGGGAAACUAUUAAAACAGGUUUAUUCCAAAAAGACUUUAGGUGUACUGAUUGAUGACAAUCUAUGUUGGAAUGAGCAAAUCGACAACAUCAGUAAAAAGGUAUCGAAGGGCAUUGGUAUGCUGCGCCGUGCAAAGCCAUUUGUCUCUCUUGAAACUCUUAAAUAUAUUUAUCAGGCUUUAGUGCAACCGAGUUUUGAUUACUGCUCCAUGGUUUGGGGAAACUAUGGCGAAGGUUCAAAAGAAAAGCUACAGAGACUACAAAACCGUGCAGCUAGAGUAAUCACAGGUGAUACCUAUGAAAUUCGCUCCACGGAUAUUUUAAAGAAAUUAAAUUGGAGAACACUCGAAGAGAGAAGAAAGGAGCAAAAAUUAGCAUAUGUGGCCAAAACCCUUUCAAACCAAUGUCCUGAAAACGUUUCAACUAUGUUUAAAAUCUCAAAUUCUGAUAAAUAUAAUUUAAGAAGUAAUAACAAGAUGCUGAUGUUGUCGAAGCCUAAAACAAAUUCAAUGAAAAGGACAUUCGGAUAUGCUGCUGCUAAAGACUGGAACUAUAAUAGUAAAAAUUUUAUAUCUACUUAAUUCAUUUGUAAUAUAUAUAUUUAACGUAUCACUUCGACCCAAACAUUUCUUAGUAUCUUUUAAUAUUUUUAUAAUAGUUUAUAUAAUAGUAUUUCGAGUUCUGUAUUUAAUAACACGGCCUAAUGAAAAACAACCUUUAUAAUUUUUGUAAAUACUGAUAGGUAAUAUGGUUGAUUAGUUACCGUGUAUAAAGAUGUUAUAAUAAUAAUAAUAAUAAAAAAAAAUACUGGAAACUGAACCUGCGGUGCGCUAACGCAAACUCGAUUUCUCGACGACGAAGAAAACAGAAAACAGAAAAUUAGGAAUUUAAGACACUUGACCUUUCAGGUCAGUGUAAUAAAAGACCUUUUCUGGGGGAAAGUUGUAAGAGCGCCUUAAAGGUGUGAUUCCCAACACAUUGCCGUGCUGAUUAACACACCUAGGAAAGUGACAAGCACACCCAGGUGUGUUACUCAGUUUAUUAUUAGCAUAACAAAAUUACUGGAUGCUGAUUGGUUGAUUAAUUGUACUGCAGUACAAUUAAUGAUUUUCCCAAAACAAACAAAAUGGCGGAAAGGCAUUUUAAACACAAGCGUGAAAUGAAAUUGCCGUGGAGGAACUAGAUGAAAAUACGAACAAAAGCACCAAAUUUUGCUUGAACAAAAGAACUAAAUGAAAAUACAAACAAAAGCACCAAAUUUUGGUUUAAAGUCUGUCAGGACUGGGCUUUGGCGAUUGAAUACGAUGUUGACAUUGAGAAGUACGUAUCCAAUUUUGUCAUGCUAAUAAUAAACAAGUAAUCAUGCGAUGUUGCUCGUACAAUUAGGCAUUAAUAGUACUCGCGAUGUUUGGAAAUUUGCCAAAUUGGACUCGCCCCGGCGGCUCGUCCAAUUUUGGCAAAAUUUCCAAACAUCCCUCGUACUAUUAAUCCCUAAUUGUACUCGCCAUCGCAUGAUUACCUAUACUAAUUAACAUUUGAUGAUCACCAUGCUCUACACAACUGGCAUGUCAAUGCAACACAACGUACAUACACAUGCUCAUACUAACAUACACUUUACCAAAGCUCGAAUUUACAGAGCAGUUCUAAAAAUGAACUAGUAUGGCUUUGGCAUGCGCGAAAGGUAACACAGGUCGGCGUGCCAUUUAGCACAUCUACUUUAAACAUUCAAGACGUUCUUGUAAUUAAAUUCUGAUUAUUUAAUUGGCUGAUUAUGAUCAUGUGAUAUGGAAUGCAUUACCACAUCACACCGUACCACGCCAUUCUUAUACCACGCCAUACGUAUACCACGCCAUACCAUACCAUACCAUACCAUAUACUAUAUACUAUACCAUAUACCAUACUAUACCAUAUACCAUGCCAUACCAUACCAUAUACCAUACCAUACUAUACCAUACCAUACCAUACUAUCACCAUACCAUACCGUAUCACACAAGUAACACGACACAAAACUAUAUAGUGGCAUACCAUACCACACUGCAGCAGACAUGGCCCGUAUUAACCAUCAGCUGUGGUAUGACCCAACAACACAUAACGCACACCAAUUACCGCUCAAUACGCGAGAUACGUUACAGUUUACAGUUCUUGUUCUCAACUUCUCUAUAUGAAACUUCAUCAAUAUCUCAAUUGAUCAUUCAUCUCACAUUUUAUGUUUUGUAUCAUUUCUUUAGGUGGUGGCAAACCAUCAUGUCCACAUCAUUUUUCAAAAAAAACAGCUUGCUGGGAAACAACAUGUGCAGGCGAAAAAGCUACUACACCCUGUCCCAUGAUAUUCUUUCAUACCAACGGUGAAUUCCUGUUAUUUACUAUAAGAAACCGGCCACACAUAAUACUACAGUAGUACAGUGCGGUGCCCAAACUAAUACAAUAAUAACUAAAGGCUGUUUUCCACUUCAGCCGUAUCGUGCCGAAAUGUACUGGUGAGCAUGCAGAGGUUGAAUUUAAUUAAUUCACGUAUACUUGCGGGUGUAUUCGCAGUUCGUCGCAAGUCAACCUUUUGGCGUACUAUGAAAGUAUAUUAACCAUUAAUAACCAAUCUUCAUUCACUAAAUUUUGAAUUCUUACACUGGCUUAAACACGUUGUAAUUUUGAAUUUUUACAUUAAUACACAUUUCGGUACGGUACGACAAAGUGGAAAACAGGCUUAACAGACUAACAAACUCACGCAUCGAAUAUGAAGAGAUGCUAAACUUCGUUUGGGCAUCGCAUAGUCACAUUUCAUGGAUGAUUCUUAUACAUAUACUGAGUUGCGCUUAGCAUUUAUCAUUUUAUCAUAUAGUAAUAAUAAUAUAGUGUGAUUCUACAUAACAACUGUUUUAGGGGUGAACUAACGCAAGUUGAUUGGCCGUUGACGUGUUAAGAUUUUAAUUCUCACAAAGUCAACACGAAAAUCGUUUGCCCUUAAAGGGAACAAUAACACAACUGUUUUAACAUUAAGGGAUGCUUCGUUUAGAAAAUUAAAAUUGCUUUCAUGCAAAUGAUAGAAGUGAGCAACGAGAAACAUUCAGAGAAUAAAUAUAACAAAUUAGUAUAGGAAAUUACACAGUAUAGGAAAUGUUACUGAAAAAUUGCACGCGUGUUUGGCGAAAUAUUUAUAAUACCGCGAGUGAUCGAGCGGUACUAUAAAUAUUUCACGAAACACAAGUGUGGUCGUGUGGAACAAGUGUAAUUUCCACGAGCAAUCAAUGAUAAAAAACAUUGUAUUAAUGUGGUCAAGCGAGCACAGCCAUACGCACCUUUGACCUUUGUCCAUAUUGAGAAUAAUUUCUGACAUUAAUUUUCAAUUCGUGCAUACUUGUGAAAAACUGUGAAUUAUCUUUAUUUUUUAUUUUUCUUUAAUAGUUUAAACAUACGUACUUAAAGAGCUCAUUGCAAAGCUGUUUAGUUAUAGAUUUUGAAAUUUUUUGUUUAAUUAAUCUAUACGCGGGCUCGAAUUCGUGCCGAUUAAUCUUUAUUAUUAUAUGGCAAGCAUCACUUCCGGUGAAAUGGCGGACUAUGAUUGGCUGAGAAGCACUUUCAGCGGUCCAUUAUUUUCCCGUAAUGGACCCGCCGGUCCAUUACGUUAAAACAAACGCAUGCAUUUUAAAACAAAACGGCAAAACCAAUUGAAAAUUGUAAUUUAAUUUGUUAUUAAUAAGAUAUCUGCGAAUGGUUUUUAGUGGAAAAGAAGGAAUACAUUGGUAUUUUUUGUUUUCUUCGACCAAAUGUGUACCACGCUACUAAUAUGCAUUUCAAAUCAUGCAUUUCUUGUUUGUUUCAAGUAUAAAUGCCCAUAAAUGCCAUACCAAUGCUCCUAUUUUCAGCUUCUUUGAAGGCUUUUUGUGAUCAUAAUGGAUCAUGGAACAUCCCUCCAAUGAGCUGGAAAGGAAAAUGUACACCACUCACAGAGAAAGAACAACAGGAAAUUGUUGACAGAUUGUUUGACAGACAGAAAGAGGUAGUUAACUCUUAUAUCUGUACCGAAAAUCGUCUUUGUAUAUCAUAAAAUCUUUCUAUCACAUAACUCUUGCUAUGUCAUUAUUUGUUAUUUGCUUUUGUAAAUGAACUCCGUGCUCUUAUUUUUUAUGUAGGAUUCGACUACAGAGCGUUACCAAUUAAAGGUUUAUGUGACAUUUAGUUGGAUAUCUUUAUCUUUCAUGAUUCCUACGCUCUUUGUCCUGUUCUACUUCAUGUAAGUCCAUGCAUUUUUUUGUUUCAUUCAUCGCAUAUUUAAUGUAUUCAUUAUCAUCACCAUAAUUCAUAGUGGAAAGUUUAGGCAUAGACUUGGAUCAAGUCCGUCUCUACAUAGACUUGCUCCAAGUCUCUCUUUGUGGACAUAUAUAUAUUGUACAUUUAUAUUGUACGUUACAUGACGUACCGCUGAGGGGGAGAGGAGGAAAGAGAGACUUGUAACAUCUGGCAGCAGACAUACUUCCGGCUGGUCAAUUUCGACCAGCCGGAAGUCGAUGGCCGCAUUGACUUAUCAUGUGUUUAGGGGGGGGAAGGCGACAUCUGGACUUUCAGAGUUAUUUGUUUAACAUAAGUAAUUUUGUAUUCACGAGAUUUCUUGUAGAUUUCACAUCACUUUUGACUGCGUGCAUUUGGAAUUUUGGGCAUUAUUUUUGCAAUUUAUUGUAAACAACGAUUAUAAGAAGAACGGAUAAAUUACAAAUCAGCCGUAAUCGUCAUAAACCUCGAUGACCACCAGUGUUUUUGUGUUUGACAAUUUGUAUUUCAUUAGAUAUUUAUAUGCAAGGUCAGUAUUAACCGCCAUAUCUAAUAUGUACGGCCGCGUUUUUUACACGGCCACUACUGAAACGUUUAGCUUGAUUGUUGAAUAAAUCGAUGACUUUUGCUUAGUUGCUUUCUGUUUUGAGCUUAACCACCGUUUAAGCUAAACGGGCUUGAUACAACUGGCCCCACAUAAACAUUUUUGUAUUAUCGAGAUCGAAACUAUAGUAAAUUGGAAACCGUGUCAAUAAUAAAAAACGUACAAUGAACUUAUGAACAUGCGAAAAUUGUCACGCCCAAAAUUUACACAAAUUUUUAACAAAAUAAAAAUGUGUAUAAAUUUUGGGCGUGACAAUUUUCGCAUGUUCAUAAGUUCAUUGUACGUUUUUUAUUAUUGACACGGUUUCCAAUUUACUAUAGUUUCGAUCUCGAUAAUACAAAAAUGUUUAUGUGGGGCCAGUUGUAUCAAGCCCGUUUAGCUUAAACGGUGGUUAAGCUCAAAACAGAAAGCAACUAAGCAAAAGUCAUCGAUUUAUUCAACAAUCAAGCUAAACGUUUCAGUAGUGGCCGUGUAAAAAACGCGGCCGUACAUAUUAGAUAUGGCGGUUAAUACUGACCUUGCAUAUAAAUAUCUAAUGAAAUACAAAUUGUCAAACACAAAAACACUGGUGGUCAUCGAGGUUUAUGACGAUUACGGCUGAUUUGUAAUUUAUCCGUUCUUCUUAUAAUCGUUGUUUACAAUAAAUUGCAAAAAUAAUGCCCAAAAUUCCAAAUGCACGCAGUCAAAAGUGAUGUGAAAUCUACAAGAAAUCUCGUGAAUACAAAAUUACUUAUGUUAAACAAAUAACUCUGAAAGUCCAGAUGUCGCCUUCCCCCCCUAAACACAUGAUAAGUCAAUGCGGCCAUCUACUUCCGGCUGGUCGAAAUUGACCAGCCGGAAGUAUGUUUGCUGCCAGAUGUUACAAGUCUCUCUUUCCUCCUCUCCCCCUCAGCGGUACGUCAUGUAACGUACAAUAUAGAUGUGCAAUAUAUAGAUGUCCACAAAGAGAGACUUGGAGCAAGUCUAGUCUCUACACAGUCCGAGUCGCGAAGCGCGGACUUUCCUAGACGGCCAGCCAGCCGAUCAAAAUAUGACUGUCGAUGGCAUUUUUUGUUACAAGCAAACAACAAGCGUCUUCUUAUAGCUUAGACACUGGUGAGUCACGUUUGAUAUGUUGCCACUUCUGAUUUUAACGAACGAAGAGAAAAUUUUAAGGAUUUGAACAGUUUGCCUAUUAAAUUAUUAUACUCCCGAAAAACUGUGAAAUUUGAAUUUCACUUAAAUUAGCAUCGUUUAUAUCGUUAGAAAGAGCAUAAAAAGACAUUUAAACGAGUAAUACGAUUUAUUUAGUCAAAUUUGAGUUAUGGACACUUAAAAAGAGGUAAAAUGCGGUGAAUGACGUCACAAAACCUGUUUUUUAGCAACUUUAAGCGCCUAUAUCUACUUUUUUCCGAACUUUCUGAUUAUAUAGGUGAUUUUUGCUGAAAGCUGUUUUCAAAUUUCACCGUUUAGUGAGUAUAGCAAUUUUAAUAGGCAAAAUUUUCAGAUUCUCAAAAUUUUUCACUUUAAAGUCAAUAUCAGAUGUAGCAACCUAUCAAACGUUGUUCUCCAGUGUCUAAGCUAUACUAAAACGCCAGUUGCCAGCUUGUAACAAAAAAUGCCAUCAAUGGCAUUUUAGAGACACUUUUAUUGAAGUUGGCUGGUCGUCUAUCUCGCGUUAUUGCACCUCGCGCGCCCGAUCCCUCGGAUUCUUGAGAGACGGACUUGAUCCAAGUCUAGUUUAGGCAUAAAGAACGGGGUAACACAAGGGCAACGACCCACAAACUCACUUAAAUAUAUGCAAAUUGUGUUGUACUUUGACAUGUAAAUAAUGCCAUAAAAGAAUAAAAUAUCUGAAUCAAACUACUAUAUGAAUUUACUCUGGUUUUAAAAUGUUAAGAUAUAGGGUUUUAGCCGCCUGUAUGUUUGGCUGGGAAAUUACAUAUCAUCCACGGCUUGUAUUAUAAACGCUGCAUCAUCAAAACGUAAAAUUUUCUUUGUUAGGGAUAGAAAGAAUAUUCGCUUUAAUUUACACAAGAACCUCAUCUGUGCUUUCUUGUUCAGAGUUGUAACGUUUUUCGUAGAUCAUUAUGGAGAUCUUAUUCGGGCUGAUCGGGUAAGUUUCUGUAUGGCUCUUAUAAUUCAGUCCGUUACUUGUAUCCUGUUUAUGACUGUGUAUGGUAAGAAAGAACACAUGUCAUAUUUAACCUAGCAUGCAGGCAAAAGAAAAUGGAGAAGACGAAGACACAGUGUCUCUGAUCAAAUACGAGGGCCAUGAAUAAACUGUUCGCAGGCUACUGAUCAAAUCGAUUGCGAAUCUCAUGAAUAUCUCAUGCACUUCCAUACUUGAUUAGGUUUGGAAUCUGAACUUCGCAUGUUGUUGGUUAUUUGUAAAAAAUAUUUUAAUAAACAUGUACAAUAGCUAUUUAUAGCCUGCAAAUGUGCAUUUAUAGUCGUGCCAGAGGAGUUCCUCUGAACAAUUCCUCAACAAUUUGAUAAGUUCCUUAAAAAGUUCCUAACUUCCUGUUUCAUUGACCAAUCAGAUUGCUCAAAAAUAAAAUAUAAAAUUUGAUUGGUCAAUGAAACAGGAAGUUAGGAACUUUUUAGCAAGAGUGGGUUGACUACAAAAUUUUUGUAGUUCGCUAUAACUACAGCUACUUCAAAAAUAUGUAGUCAGCUACAACUACUGCUACUUUUGAACAAAGGUAGUUCGCUACUGACUACAGCUACUGCUUAAAAAAUGUAGCGAACUAUUUCGCUAUUUCGCUACUCUAUAUUUUUUAGUUUUACGGUAUUUGGAGCAUCCACCAGCUCAGGCUGUAAUAUAACCUACAACAAAUCGACUUACGAGUAGCAACAGUAAACAAAAAGGUCAAAGCAACAUUUUUAUAAGCACUACAGUGUUCAGGAGUGCCACUUUUCAUUGCGCUAAAAUAAUCUUUACUGUAUAUAAUAUAAUCUUUUAAGCAAACCUUGUCUUAAUAUCAUUCUAUUCUAUUAACGGUUACUAACAUAUUUUAAAAAGUAGCGAAUAGCGAUUCGCUGUUUGAAAAGUAGAUAUCAACUACUUGGCUACUUUUAGGCAAAAUGUAGUUCGCUAUAACUACAACUACUGUUUUAAAAAAGUAGUCAAAAACUACUGGCUACUUGAAAAUUGUAGUUCGCUACAGUAGCGAACUACAACUACUUCGCUACUACCCACCCUUGCUUUUUAGGGAACUUUUGAGGAAUCGUUCAGAGGUGUUCCUUCAAGUUAGGAAAUGAACUGGUCAACAUUUUUCGGAACGCUUCUAUUGGCACGACUGUAGUACUACAGCAUUUUCUAAACCGGUUUGUCAUGGUUUUUUUUGCGAAUAGCUAAUCACAUGCGAUGUUCAGGUUCUGAACCUAUUAAUCAAGUAAGGAAGUGAGAUUCGCAAGCGAUUUGACCAGAGGCUCGUAGUCUUGCCGUUUCUUUGCCUCGCCGUUCUUUAAAACUAUAAAAGCCUCGCGAACUAUCAAGUGGAUUUUAUGCUGAGGCAUACGAUGGCCCAGAAGGGCCAUGACUGUAAACACUCGCCGGUUUUUUUUCAAUACCAUUACACUCGUCGUUUUUUCCCCUUCAAAAUUACACUCGCCGUUUUUUUCUUCAAAAUUACACGCGACGCUUUUUCAAUGCAAUAAUUGCACUCGCCGUUUUUUUAGAGUUACGUUUUAAACUGAGGGUUUCACUUCGGAUGAAGAUGGGAGCGAUCAUAUAAGAUUAGUGUGUUUCAUCAAAAUAAAAAAUCAUGUAAAUACAGUACAAAAUUUCAUUUUCAGUCGGUUAUGAAUAUAAUGAUUAAUGCACUGUUUUCUUUUGUGUUUUCCAAACUAAACAAAAUCUUUCUGUAUUUCAGCGUUGCUAUAUAUAUAUCCCAGUGCCACAUGGAAGAAGUUAUUUCGCUGACUUCAGAAUGACACUUUUUUCAGUUAGGUUAGGGACAGGAUUAGGGUUAGAGUUGGUGUCAGGGCUGUACGCAGGAUUUUUUCACCAGGGGGCAGUAGGCCUAAAAAGGCCUAUGCCGAAAAAGUCCCAAAUAUCCAAAGAAUAAUUAAUAUGACAUUCUAAAAAUCGUAAAUAUAAUUUUCUCUGGGGGGCAGUUGCCCCUGCCCCCCCCCGCAUGUGUAUGGCCCUGGUUGGUGUUUGGAAUAGGGUUAGUGUUAGUAAAACCGUUGCUUUGUUACGUUUUGUCACUCUGAGGCCAGCGAAAUAACCUCUUCACAUAUUGCCGUAGCACAUGUACAACCGCCAUUUCUUGUUGAUUUUGUUGACUUGUUGUAUCACUGCAGGCGUAUAUACGACAUGGCAAGACACAGUUUAUAUGUGAAGAAGUGCAACAAGGAAAAUAAAUAUACGACCCUGGCAAACUCACACAAAGCUUUUGUUUAUAUAGUUUGGAAACACAAAAGAAAACAAUGCAUUAUAAUUUAUAUUCAUAAUUAACCGACUGAAAAGUGAAAUUUUGUACUGUAUUUACAUGAUUUUUUGUUUUGACUAGUGAAACACACUAACCUUAUGAUUGCUCCCAUCUUCAUCCGAAGUGAAACCCUCAGUUUAAAACGUAACUCGAAACACUGAAAAAACGUCGCGUGUAAUUAUUGCAUUGAAAAAAACGUCGCGUGUAAUUAUUGCAUUGAAAAAACGUCGCGUGUAAUUAUUGCAUUGAAAAAAACGUCGCGUGUAAUUAUUGCAUUGAAAAAACGUCGCGUGUAAUUAUUGCAUUGAAAAAACGGCGAGUGUAAUUUUGAAGGGAAAAAAACGACGAGUGUAAUGGUAGAAAAAAAAACGGCGAGUGUUUACAGUCAUGGCCCUUCUCGGCCAUCAUAGAGGUAGCUAAUGAGGAUUUGUAAAUUAAUCGAUAUUGAAACGGCUAUAUAAAAGUUGCAUGGAACCAGGGUAGUUUUUUGGUUGAUCAGAGUUUUUAACUUGCUCUUUUUCGGGCGAGUUGCAUGGCAAUGACGCAUCUGCAUGCUUGAAUUGCUGUUUACAACUUCUACAAACAUAAUAGCAAUUUGUAAACGUUGGUUUAUUUAAAACAUUAAAAACAUCUAUUAUUUAGUUUUUAAAAUUACACGGUUUACGGAGUUGUUUCACAUUGUUAAGAACCUUUCUAACUGUUUUGUCUAGACGAUCUGUAACGCCUUCUGGGUACUAAACCGAUUUUUCGCAAUAUCGGAAGUGACGUGGAUGUUGAAUGAAGCUAUAUUUUUAUUGAAGCUUUUAUUCCGUACUUUUGAUGCCAAGUCGUAUUUCUGGGGAUUCUUUGCAUUUGGAUGGGGUAAGAAAGUUAUAUUUGAUGCACUUAUUAUACUCUAUAACCUAAAGAAUGAUCGAAAAUAUGGGUGAUAAUAGCCUCCUUCACAGGAAACUCGUAAGAAUUGAAACGAAUUAAACGGAAGAAUUGCGGGCGGUCAUUUAGUGGUAUGACCACAGAAUGGAGUAUAUUCUGUGGUGGUAACAGGAAGAGGAAUGUAAAAUAUGGCAAUUAUACACUGUAUAGAACGAUCGGUUCACUUAAAAAUUGGUAAUACAUAUUUAACCGCUGCUGUUGUUGACAUAAUUGUGAAUGUAUUCCUAUAUAUCUAUCCGAACCCAUCCUGUUCUGCAUGGUCGAUCGGAGGAAAACGGAGUGUCCAGAGAUGAUUAACCCAUUACUGUUUGAUGGAUUUAUUAAGUCCGAAGCGAAAAUUACGUGGUGAAUGCAUGCAUGGUUGUUUCUCAAACGACUGCACCAGUGAACCUGACAAUAAUAUAAUGUUCUGAAUUGACUUCAAAUUGCCUUAAACGUGUGGACGUUUUAAUAGACAAAGUGCUCAUCACCAUGUAUAGGAUCUAUGUUUAGAUAAGAUUUCCGCUAUUAUCAGAAGAUGUGUAUUUUGCACAUGCACCAUGGGCUAGUGCAGGAUUUGCGACUUUUUUGUCUCAAAUGCGAAAAUAUCCAUAAAAUUAAGAAAGAGUACUUUUUCUUUCAGGAUUUCCUGCCAUUUUGGUGUUUGCUAUCUACAUUCCUGUUAUGGUGUAUUAUUUGGACAAAGAAAUGAAAAUGUACGAAAAUUUGUUGAACGAUUCCAUGCAUUCAUUCUUGUAUGCUUAAUUUUUGCAUGUUCGUUAUUUUCUUUGAAUUAUUGCCGUGUCUUGUUCAUUUUCGGCUGUGCCUUUGGGUCUGACUACUCGCUAGGUUGUAAGUUCAAACAUUCAUUGUUGGGACCGCGUUAAUUUACUAUCAUAAUUGCACAUUUCUAUUGCCUAAGCUUGCAAUGUUUAAUUUAAAGUCUUGCAUUUCAUGCACUAAUAGUAAUGGGCGAGUGGAAUAUGGUGUGGAUGUUGAAAUUAAAUGAAAACACUGUUCUGUUAUUUAAUAGUAAGUUUAGAUUUGACUUCCACUACCGGUACUUUUCUCAAACUAAGUACACAUGUGAUUGGUAAAUCGGGUAAUUAAGCGCACCUGAUUGGUUAAUGGUCCCUUAAUGGCAGUGGAAGUCAAAUUUAAACCUCGCUAAUGUCAACACAGGGUGUGUUUGCCCAAUUCACUUGCGACAGUAGCUCAUGAUACACUAACCACUAUAGAGAGUUUUAGAUUGACGUAUUUUCGUAUUUCCCGCUAACCGCAAACGGCUAAAAAUCACGUGACAGCCACCUUGCCGUCAGGUUACACGUUCGAAGUAGACGUUCUUACGCGAGGGAGGCUGUUUUCAGGUAGGUAGUUUCCCUCAAGGUUUUCAUGCAUUUUUUGUUCUUUUUCUCGCGUUCUGAGAUUUAAAGUUUCACUCUUAUAUAGGCUAAUUUUGUUGCAAAUUUUAUAUAAAAUCUGUUUGUGUCUAAUACCGGCAGAACUUGGAAUAAUAUCAUGACCACGAAACCCUUUCGUUGGCCAAGCAUACAACAUGAUCUUGCAUUGGCUGAGGAGGUUGCAAGCUGCCGACCACGAAAGCCAAUGGAUUGGGAUGCUAUUGCCCACCGAUUAAGUUCACAUUUUGGAAGUUAAAACCGGUUAAAUCUAAAUCGUUUUUAAAAUCCGAACCGCAAACAAACGGGUACGUCGACUACCGGUUUGCGGUUUGCCGUAAUAAUGACUAACGUCAAUCUAAAACUCUCUAAUAAGUGCAUGAUAGCACCCCUUGGCGACUAAAAUCGUCUGGCGUUAGACAGAGUAAAAUAAUAGAGUAGGGCGAUUCAGAGUGCAUUUCCACUUAAAGAGCAAGACUUGCUCUAUGUCUGCCUUUUAAAAGGGUUUUUAUUUAGAUGUUAUAAAGGGAGCGCAAAAAUAACUUUCUCUCGCUCGCUCGCAUUUUGCUCGACCUUAUAACGGUCAAGUAAAGCCCCUAAGAUCCUUAUAACGGUCAAGUAAAAACCCUAAAACCCUAAAAGAGAGGUUUGGAGCAAGUCUAAUGAUAUACUGACGUGUACUUCACAACUAAGGCUGAGGGUUAAUUUUUGGCAACAGAUUAAAACCAGAUGACCAGGAGAAAACCCCUCAAAGCAUAGGAAAGAGCAACCAAACUUUACUUCCAUAAGUUUUCGAGUACAGGGAAGAUACCCAACCUUAGUAAAUCCCCCACACUUAACCUACAGUAGCAGGAUUAACUCGCAAAUUAGAGGCAGCGCGCUAACCGCAUCUGCCACUUUCUAAUGUUGCAUAUCUAUUUUAUUUUCACAGCUGUUGGAAAACAGAAAAAGAUUCAUUAUUCAUGUUCAUACUUUAUGGUCCAAUGACAUUGAUGCUUCUGGUAAAUAUUUAUUUUACAUAUGAACACCGAGCCUGAAGCGACUAAUUGUUUUAGUAUAAUUUUAGUAUUGAAAAUUAAAGGUUUUAUGGGCGUUGUGAAAACCUGGAACGCCGGAAUAUCACGGAAUAUGCCGGAAUAUCACGGAAUAUGGCGGAAUAUCACGGAAUAUCACGACAUUUUCCCGGAAUAUACCGGAACAUCACGAUAUUUUCCGAUGGUAGCCAUGCGACUGUUUAUAAACAUGGACGUCUGACAACAUGUUUAUUUUAUGAACAUAAUUUGCAUAAAUAAUUUACUUCUGUCUGAUUUUCAGGGAGCCAGUCAGAAUGCUCAAAGGCCAUUUUUCAAUACUGAAAUUAUACUAAAGAUUGAUAGUUGUUGGAUUAUAUAUACUAGUUGAAUUGUAGCUCAGUAUAUUAAAACCCCAGUCAAACGAGGAUGAUGGUUCAUUAGAGUUUUAGCUCUCGCUCGCGUUUGACGACUCUCAUGCACUCUCAUCGACUUUCGUGCACUCUCAUCAACUAUCAUCAGCAUUGAACUUGGUUCAAACGCGCACAUAAUAUCGAAAUCGAAUCAACCGUCUCAUGCAACCUUUUUUCUCGUUUGGCCGGGGCAAACUCUCACAGUAAUACCUUAUUAUAGGAAAUUAACGAUUCACUUUAUUAACGCGACAUAAUUAAAUUAACGUGUCAUCUAAUUAACGCGUGUCAUCGAAUUGCUUUCAGGUACUUCUAAAACUGAUUAAAUUAACGCGAAUACGACAGUUUAUGGUUAACAAGUUAAUUUAACUAACGCGAGUCGAAGAAUAUAAACACAACAGCAAACGCUUAAUAUUAUAUACUACCAAUUACAACAGUACGCGAGUAUAGAUAUGUCAAAACUGUAACGUUAAAAGUUAACUGAGUCAUUUAAGCCAAUGCAUAUAAAAUAUAUAGUUCAGCUUAAGGUUCUGCCGACAGUGACACUGUGACAGUGAUAGUGAAGAGGUGGACUGAUGUUUUUGUUUAGAGGUUUAAUAUGAUGUAUUUUGAGUUAAAAGAGUUCGUGUUUAUAUAAAACAAAUCAAGGUCUUUUUAAUUAACGAUAACUAAAAUUUGCAUGCUUGAAAUUAACGAUAACAUAAAUUAACGUUAAAAAUGGCGGACUUCCAGGGGGUGAAUAGGAUGGCGCGUGCAUUUCGAUGGGGAAUCAUUACGAAUGCAUCAACUACAUGACGUGGCGGCGUUACGGGUUUUUGGCAUUGUCGAACCUCUCGGUUCGUAUCUUCUCUGUGGUAUUAUCUUAAUACGCCACCAUAAUACGCCAAAUAUUUCUUUUAGAUCAAUUUUGCGACGCUGAUAUAUGUUAUAUACGUUCUUCUUGAUAAACUACGGACAUCAACUACGUCUGAUCUGCUAAGACUCAAGUAAGUUAUUGUAUAUUUGUUCAAUGUGAACUUAAUUAAGAUGACUUUAUGCAUUGUCGUUAAGUGCAUGGAUAAAUAUUGAAGCUGUCAGAAGUUUAUAGAGGAGCAACUUUGUACCCAGGCUCUUUCUACUACGCGCCUCGCUGGAGGAAAGACCCUGGUCCAGGCUGGUCACGUGUCUCCCAGAUUUUGGGAGAUAACAAAAUUUUUACGUAAGGGUGGGGGACUAAGUUUGUUUUACCGAUCUAGUUGCCGAUAUCAAUUCGACAGGCAAGUUCAGAGUGUGUGUAUUUUAACAAAUGCAUGCCAGUAAUUUAAUGAAUAGCAACAACUUAUGUUGCAAAAUCAAUGGGUGAGAUGUCUUUGUAUAUGUAUUCUUUGUGGAUUGCAUUUGCGACGUCGCUACACAAAAUCUACAUACUGGAGUCUUUCAGUUUCAUAUUGGGAAAACCGCAAAGAAUUACUAGGAAAGGAUUUGUCGAAUACUCAAGUAUAUACGCGCAUUCUUCGAGAAUUCAAAUUUUACACGAAUUGGUUUCCACAACAUGAAAAUAAAUAACCAACAUUAUCGUCUAGCGCCUUUAAUUUGAAAAGCGGAGUUAAUUAAUUUAAUUUAGUAUUGGAUAGCCCGCGCGAAUGCAGCGGCCUCACUUCAGCUGUAUUCACAUUGCGCAAGAUAUUGGGUGACUAACCUAAUUCUCUUCACUGUUUUUUCUGCCUUUCAGGAAAGGUAUAAAGGCUGCUUUAAUUUUGAUGCCUUUACUUGGUGUGAUAUAUUUAAUGAUUCUGUACGUACCUAAAAGUGCACCGAUAUGGUACAAUUACCUUAUAAGAAUACUAUAUCCAAUGCAGGUAAGUUUGAAAAGUGAUUGGGAUUGAUUUGAUCAGUGAUCCAUACUCUCUCAAACAUGAAUUUUAAUUCCUUGCUCAUCUGCAUGUGCUGUCUGAUAUUCUUUAUAUAUUACCAUAUUUGAACACCAUUUAUGCAGAGUGCGUAGGUUGAUCAUUUGUGCCCAUUACAGAGGCGCUAUCAAUUUAAAUUAAGAGAGGUUUCCUGUGGGGGUGUGCGCACGUCAUUACGUUUGAGACUGUUUUCCAUUGGUACAUUAUAUGCAUUAUAUGCAGGCCGAGCGAACAUUUUUGAACAGAGUUCAAGCCUCGCGUGGACGCCAUGAAAGUUGAACUAUACAUAAUCACUUUCUUGGUGUGCACGCGCGAAUAAUUACACACGUAAAGGCCGGUUUCCAUUGCGUCCGCUUUUCUAUACGCAUUGAACAGUUUUCAACUUUCAAAGCGUGCAAGCGCGUCACAAGCGAGCCGCUUGUUGUCACGCCAUGACUUUACGGCACAUGCUCAUAGUGAACUCGACACAUUAUACAACUGCACGCUUAUUUUUUGGAAGCGAUAACAUCAUAACAGUACAACUGUAUCCCUGCUUUUCUCAUGCUUUCUUUCAUUGCCACCAUUUGUUUUUAUUUUCAGCACUUCUGUACACUGUAAAUAUUCCUAUACAAAUUGAGCUUGAUUUGAAAUACAUGCAUGCGGGAUUACAGUCAUGCAUCCUUUUUAAUUAUUAGGGGACUCUGGCUUGUCUUGUUUAUGUCGUAUUUAAUGGAGAAGUGAGACAGGCGAUAAAGACAAGAUGGAAUCGAUGGCUUCAUACAAAGUCGGAAUUCCUGGAAAGAGUAAGAUAUCGUGGUAUUGCUAGAGUAGUUUUCUCAACAACAGAUACUAAUACAACAACAUGUGACCAAAUAACAGAUGUAGAACUUUUACCACACUUGUCACCAAAAGAUUCUUGCACUGUUCAAAACACCAUUUAAUUUAAGUUGUAUAAUGUACGCACUGUUCAAAAACACUAAGUUUCAACGCACUGUUGAACACUAUUUAGGUUUAACGCAGCACUGUUGAAAAAUUUCUUAAAAUUUCUGUGCACUUCUUUUGCAUUCAGUAAUGUCUAACUUAAAUUUUGAUAUACACCAUGGGCAUUUCCAUGCAAUAUUGGACGAGAUAACUGCGUUUCAAAUUUCAGUAAACAUUUUUGGAAGUGUCCAGAAUGUAGGUAAAAACGGCGCGAUCAACGUUACCAUUUUAUCGUAUAAGUAUUAAUUUCAAUGAAGUUCAGGUUGAAUUUGAAAAUGUUUCUCAGAUGGACAUGGCUUGCUCUUUUAUUUUUGUUUCACGAUCUUUGAGAAUGCAAGAAAAUUAACUUAUAAGGCUGUUUUGAUUAAAAGUAUUCUUCUAAAUAUUCGAUGUAAAUAAUGGUAAUCUACCGCGAAAGAAACGACCGUGUUCCUUUAAAAAUAUGUUUCCUUUCACAAAGGACCAAAGAGUUUGCAUUUGUUCAGAGAUUAUUCGGUGAUGCAUGGGCACGUCACUGGCGUAACAUUCCUGCUCCAAGUUCAUGAACGAACAGUGAUGAAAACAUUUGGAAAAUGGGUGUUUUUAUGGCUAAUUCUCGAUACAUCCAAAAAUGUUUACCCAUGAAAGUUUAAUUAAACACAGCAAUAUAUUGCAUAAAAAUGCACACAGUCACGGUAUAUCAAAAUUUAAGUAAGACAUUACUGAAUGCCAAGAACCUUGUUUAGGAACAGCUCUUUUAGUUUUUAAGUUAUAUUUAAUCAAACAGGAGAACUUUUUGCGCAACUGGUAUAUAUGUAUACAUGUGCAUGAUGUAGGCCUAUAUAGAGCUGUGCCCAUGCAUCGGCUCACAUUUAUUUAGUAAUCGGUAAAUGUCAUAAAUCGACGUGAAUCAUCGCAUGUUGACGUCAGCAAAAUCGUAUUUUUCAAUCGAUUUGCAGCAAAAAAAAUAUUGGUAGUUGGACACUGUUCAUGCAACGAGAUCUCGAGUGCAUGCGUAAACUGUUAAAAAUCUGUAGGCGCUGAUGCGCAUACAGAAUAGUUUCGCGCGCAGAUUAGUAUGCAUCAAGAGCUAGGCAGACAAGAGCACAAAGUAGCUAAAUUAAAACAAUUGUUAUAAAUUAGUACUGUCCAUACUUUUAAAUCAUCUUUGUAUUUCUCAUUGUAUAAAAGACCGAGCUUUCAGUCGACAUAUCCAUCUUUUCGAUCUCGGCUACAAAUUACAACCUCUCUAAUUCGACAACUGAUUUAUUGUGCCGACGGACACGGCACCCCCGCACUCCCCCCCCCCCCCAGGGGUCUGUGAGUUUAAUGUUGAUGGGCUAUAAUAGUCUUUUAUCAAAGACCAAAACGAUAUAAAAUAAAACACGAUUCCUUGCCAUUUGUGAUUUGUAAUGAUAUUGCAAGAAUCAACAGAUUUUUUAAUAGAGUUAUCAAUGGGGUUUUAUUUAAUAUUUUGUGAUUUUUAAGUCAAAAUCGGUUUCGUAAAGCCACUGUAUAUAUAUAUAUACAGUGGCUUUACAGAUUAGUAUGCAUCAAGAGCUAGGCAGACAAGAGCACAAAGUAGCUAAAUUAAAACAAUUGUUAUAAAUGACACCCUACGGCCUACAGAUAUACGUGUGCUAAAAUAUCUAAAAUAUGGAAUAUAGUAGCCUAAUUGUCGUUUGAAUCAAUAAGUCACCGGGUGCGGUCUAUAAUGACAAAAGUUUCAAGAAAAGUUCCACUAAACGAUUAUGUUACAGUUUUGUGAAGGGGAUUAUCCCGGCGAUAUUUAUUUACAAAUUUCGAGCUGAUUUAGCAAGUUUGGGUUACUUGCAGCAGGGGUCGUGCAUGGGUUGCACUUUAAAGUAUACAUAACUACACAAUAAAUUAGUAGAAAAAUGGUCGAAUCUAUUAUCGAUUAUAAUUGAUUAUAAUAGAUGAUAAUCGAUAAUCCGCGAAUCACACGAAGAACGAAUGACGACAAUUCUAGUAUUUGCCGAUUUGAAUUAAGGAAUACCAGAUUGCAUUUAAUUGUUGUUCGUGUGAUUUGUGACUGUAAAUCGAUUUCAUACACCAUGCAUGCAUAUAUAGUUCAUUUAAUAAAUGCAAUGAAUGGUUAAAAACCAGGUAUUUAGGUCAAUAUACCUUGUCCUUAACUUAACUAUACUGUUGAUCAGAAAAAUCGUAAAUGCAUGAGUAAUUGAGACCAUUCUUUCAUAGUUCAUAGAAUAAUAAUUUCAUAGAAUAGUUAACACACCGAUAGGAUCGGCGGAACAUUCGUAUGAAAGUUUAGAAUCUAAUUAUAUUAAUAAUAUAUAUAUAUAUAUAAAUUCACCAAGUAAGAUAUUCGGGGAUGUCAUUAAUUCAUUAAAUGUAUUGUAGAUAUAUUUUAGAUUUUUCGUUUUCAUACUUCGUUUAAGCAUUAUCGUAUAAUUAUAUCUGCAUGGAUUUUUUUUUUACGCUUUUUGCAUAUUCAGACUUUAUGGAAGUGUACGAGACUGCACCUAUUUAACUCUUAUAGCUUUUACGCCUAUUUUCCGGCUUUAACGCCUUUUUAAAGAGGCGAGAGAAAAAUACGGCGAGAAGGAAAGAGUGCGAGAAAAAGUCAGUGUCGAGGCUAGUUGUCCGCCUCGACUUCUGCGAAAAAUUAACUCAAUAUGAAACCAAACAUAUAAAUAUGAAUCGUUUGCGGAGGAGGAAGCUGUAUAUAUACAUAUUAUUGUAAAUACCAUUGUAUACAUAACAUUUAAAAUAUUAAUAUAAACUUUAGAACAUUUGAACCAUUAUAGUUUGUGUUUCUCUUUUCUUUGCAAACUGCUGCUUGAAACGAUGUAGCUACAUAUGCAUUUAAAACAAACUGUAAUAUUAUGACAAAUCAAUUAAUAUUGCUGAAACCUUAUAGGGUUUGCAUUUUUGCAAUACACUUGCGUACAUCAUGCAUAACUGGAUUCCAGUCUCAUCCUACAUGAGCGCGAUCUGCCAGCUUCAAAACGACGUGAAGGCUGCUGUUGUUCCAGAUUUCCAGAGAGAGCAACUUGCUUUAGUUUGCCAUGGUUUGGGAUUUAGUUGUGCAAAUGAUUUUUAAAUUCAGCUGCAAAAUCUGCGCAAUCUUGUAUUGCCUGUAAAUAUUGACGCAACUAUUUCAGUAAGCCUUUUCAAGAUCCGUUAUAAGAGCUAAACGAAGGACUAGAAAGUCGACACCAAGGUGAACACACCAAACCUGUGGAGUACUGGCUCGGCAGAGUAAUGGCGUGUUCAGAAUAACAUCGUACGAGACCUAACCCUUACUGUUGUAUAUACCCUUACUCUGAUUUUACUCAAAUCCUAACCCUAACCUUUGCAUAGAUGCUAUCAAUGUAGAACGAUGUGUGUUUAUCCUUGACUCGUUGCUCAGGGUAUAGCAAACUCCCUGAUCCUAUAAGGGUCGGAUCCCAAGGGCAGCAGCCGUAACAGCUCCUAUACUUCUUGAAGACAACUCAAACGUCCAACCAUAAAGUAUUGCUGAGGAUUCAUUAGAGAAUAGAGAACACCUAUAUUUAUACAGUACGAAUUAAUAAUAUGUCGAAAAAUUGCAACCACGCAACAAAUAUUCAUUCUGAUUCUCAAGCCGAUUCUUCUUAUUUAUUAAUUGUACUGCUUAGGGUGAGAUGAUCUAAUUGUCGUGGGUGUUUUUUAAAAAAGUUGAACGGUAAUUCACAAACACAUAUGGGUUAAUAGUAGUGCUAACGAGUUUAGCAACAGGCCUCGGAAGCAGGGGCGGAGCGAAGACUAUCUUUUGGGGAGGUGCAAGACAACUUUUUGCCGACAAAAGGGCGUAGCUAGCGCGUGGUUAGGGCGUAGUCAAAACGAACCGUAUUAAUUUUUAAGUGAUGUACAACGAUGAACUCCGAGUAGUAAGAUAAUCUGUUUUUAAAACAGGUGAAAUAGUUCCUUAAUUAAAAUACAUGGUAUAAAUGUCAAAAAAGCCACAUCCAAUCGUCAUCAAACGACCGAUUACAAACUAAACACGCCAGUUUCUCUCUCUUCCGUUUGCGUUUUUGCUUGCUACUGUCCAUACUUUUAAAUCAUCUUUGUAUUUCUCAUUGUAUAAAAGACCGAGCUUUCAGUCGACAUAUCCAUCUUUUCGAUCUCGGCUACAAAUUACAACCUCUCUAAUUCGACAACUGAUUUAUUGUGCCGACGGACACGGCACCCCCGCACUCCCCCCCCCCCCCAGGGGUCUGUGAGUUUAAUGUUGAUGGGCUAUAAUAGUCUUUUAUCAAAGACCAAAACGAUAUAAAAUAAAACACGAUUCCUUGCCAUUUGUGAUUUGUAAUGAUAUUGCAAGAAUCAACAGAUUUUUUAAUAGAGUUAUCAAUGGGGUUUUAUUUAAUAUUUUGUGAUUUUUAAGUCAAAAUCGGUUUCGUAAAGCCACUGUAUAUAUAUAUAUAUAUAUAUAUAUAUAUAUAUAUAUAUAUAUAUAUAUAUAUAUAUAUAUAUAUAUAUAUAUAUAUAUAUAUAUAUAUAUACUAUAUACUAUAUACUAAAAAAUAAAGUUUAGUGCGGUCUUAUUUUGAAGAAACUUUAGCCGAUGUUUCGUGCGAACAUCCCCCCGGGAAAGAACGCUGACAGGGAAAUUAGACCGCGGAGAAUUAAAAGACCCGCGACAAAUACCUGCGACUUGGGUUAAUAACCCGCGGAAAAACCCCGCGACCCGCGAAAAAACCCCGAGACAAUUAGAUAUUUAGAUUAUCUCGCUUAGAGUAGCAAUAUUGUGAACUAAUUAAUGUACUUCUUUCAGCAAAUCAUUAUUAUAAAGUCGGGAAAAAAGAGAGCUUUAUGCACAGUGUGUUUAUGACAGUGUCUUGUGCACUGAAAUGUUUCCCCUCUGUAAAGAUUUUGUAAUAAUUAAUAAAUUUGUAAUAAAUAAAUAAAACACAUUUUCAAGCAUAUUAUCGUGAAACGACCAGAAAAAUAUAAAAACAGCAUACCUUUUUCAUUGUCCUUUCAGUAGAAAAGGGUUUAUUAAAUCAAAACAGAUUAAUUUAUAUGUGUUUUUGAUCGGCAAAGCAAGUGAAAAUGAACUUGUCGUUGUGGCGGAAGCAACUGAAUUUGUCAAAGCCAAAACGUCAGACCUAUAAACUUUUUAUUAUAAUGCUUUUAGUUGUUACCACAUUCAUGAAAAAAGCAUGUACAUUUUUACUGAAACUAUAUGUCUUUUUGUGUGUUUCUUUGCCAUUUUGAUACACAACCGCACUGAUCUCAAAUUAGUUCGCAUGCAACACUGGAAUUUUAAUCAAUUUAAUUUUACAUCUGCUAAAAAAUAAACACGUUAUUUACCGGCAGCGUCGGUCCGCGGAUGAGAAAAGCUGUGCCCUCGGGAACAGUUUUUCUCAUCCAGACCUCGCAGCCAGUAAAUAACCUCCCUGGUCUCUUUCGCUAAAUAAUGGAGUCUCUGUUCUCACCGCACGUGAGCAAUAAAAAUCGCAAAGCUUCAUGCAAUAUCACACGGUGCACGUGCAUCAAUACAUGUCUUGUUAUGUUCGUGUGAACAACAUAGAAAGCUAAUCACAAUGUUCCAAGACAUAACAUAUUGAACCAAUGGGGAAAAGUUUGAUAUAAGCCAAAUAACAUGUUUGUAAGACAACAACAACAUGACUGCAUAUGACAUUUCAAACAGUCUUUUCUACCAAAGUAAUUCAAUUUUGAAAUCUACUACUAUACUAGCUCGUAUACACACAUCUGUGCACAAGUUAGAAAUCUACAGGCAUGAAUACUUUCUUCUGUGCAUUCUAUAUUCCACGACUUUCAAGCCGUUUUUUAGGCAAGGAUAAAUAUCACCUCUCAUCAUUAUAGGGUUUAUCGAUGACUUGUUAUCCCAAGUCUCCUUUCAAAAAUCAGCGAGUGACUAAAAUACUCGUACGUUACCCAUGGUGACCCGGGUGCACUGUGGGAAAAACAGUCCUUAAGAGUAUCAUACGAUUAAUAGUAGCAUUAAUAGUUAAUACAUUUGCAAUUUACGCAAGUGGCAGCUAAAGAAAUAUCGUAAAUGAACACAUACAUAAUAUGUAGAUGAAUUUUGGCGUCAAAACGCUGCGAUAAUUCACAAAGCAACCGACACCUGAAUUCCAAUUAAGUUUAAUUGCACGGUACAUACACGGUAAUAGGCCGCAAACCCUGCCAGCAGCAAAUGAAUAACUAUUCAGCAUUUAACUACUAGCAGUAAAACACAUUCAUGGUUGAUAUGUUAUAGAUGUUACAUCACGUAUUCACGUUAGGACUUGCAUAAAAAAUACCUGUUGGUUACACACCCCGCACUUAUCAGCAUUCAGCUGAUAUUCAACGACGUUAUUUGAUCAUAAAACACUUACUUUUCGAAGAAUUUUGCAUCGUCACUGUACAAUUUUUACAACAUAUGCCGCACGUGGGGAUUAUGUUGUCAAAUCCUAGGCUUUUAGGAAUUAGGAGAUAUUGUAUACAAUUUUGAUUGAGAUAAAAUUGAGACGGAAACCCGAGAGACCUUUGGUUCGAUUACCGGUUAUGACAACGCAACACUACUUGGACAGACACAGUUUACAAUUUCUACACUGCUGACGAGAACAAACAGCAGUUAAGGUGGCUCCAUACAGUUAUUGUAUAAAAAAAGUGCUAACAUAAGACGCGCCACGCAAGAACCACGCAGUCGUCGCGAGUCAAUGCAAACAAACACGCGUUUGUCGGGUGAUAAACUUCACACAUAGGUAAAUAUUAAUCAUGUCGAAUCGAAAUUUGUCACCUCAAGGAGCGACCGCGCGAGAAAAAAAUCAAAAUUUAAGUGUUUCGCUUGGGUGAUUUUAUUUAAAAUGUUGUAAAAUGAAUGAACAUAACUACAAGAGCAUAUUAAUUACAUUUUCAAAGAAUUUCUCAAAACAGUGAAUUAUGUGGCAAAGAUCUGCCUUGAUAACCUAUAUAUUAACCUUAUUCCAUAUCACAUAUGUUUAAUUACCCAUCGAGGCCCUAAUGUUUAAUGGGCUAUUCCAUUUAAUAUCCCACUUGUCGAGGAUCCCUGGAAUUUUUCAGGGUUUUGAGCUUGGAAUUCGUCAGGGGGAAAGGGUUUUGAGCUUGGAAUUAUUCAGGGGUAACGGGUUUUGAGCUUGGAAUUCUUCAGGGGUAAAGAGGUUUACAAUUGAAAUUUUUCAGAGCUUGGAAUUCUUCAGGGGUAAAGGGUUUUGAGCUUGGAAUUCGUCAUGGAUGGGAGAAGGGUUUUGAGCGUGGAAUUCUUCAGGGGUAAGGAGUUUUGAACUUGGAAUUUUGGAAUUCUUCAAGGGUAAAAGAUUUUGAGCUUGGAGUUCUUCAAAGGUAUACCUAUGAAAAACAAGUAUCCUCGACAGGGGGGAGCGGAUAUUAAAUGGAAUAAUCCAAUGCUUGAAGCAAACUCAAAUUAUUCAAUCUCAAAAAGAAGCGUUGAACGUCAUUGUUACCAUGACAAAGUAAUGUGCAUGUUUCCCUUUCGUUGAGUCAUGUCUCCACAAUUAUAUUUAUAACGUCAUACACGCAAUUAAUCAUGACCACAUAGUUACUUAUACGGUUGUUAGCACUAUAGGGAGCCACCUUUAGCGUCGUUAGUAAUCAGAAGCAGACAAAUAGACAAUACAUGCAUCAGUAUACAUUUUAUCAACCAAACAAUCAUCAGUUCCUCAGUCGGUUUGAAUUGCUGAGGCAUGGACAUACAUAUCCAGAAUCCAUCUUAUUCUUUAUGCAGCGAUCCACGAAGCCAUUGAGUUACAUUACCUUGCAGGGUUUUUACGACUGAAAAUGUAUAACUGUCACAGAUAUUUAUUUAAAAAGGUUAUAGAGUAUAGUACAACCUGUUAUAUAACAUGGCCAGAAAUAGAUGUCGCAAAAAUGGCAUGAACUAUCACUUAAAGUAAAUAUAAACAAAAUAAUUAAAAGGGUACAAUUAAUAUAAUGCACUAAAAUUUGAGAGAGGAUACAAUUAGGAUGUUUUACAGUGCUGGAAGCAGAGACGUGCCGACCGAAUGUCUUGGGGGGGGGGGGCUGAAUUCAAACGUUUGGGGCCCCUUCCUUUUGGGGCCCCCGAAAAAAAAAUUUCCGGAAAAUGUUGGGGGGGGGGGGUAUAAGUUUUCCUGAAAAUAAAAGGUCCAAAAAAUAUUUUCCUAACCUUGUCUGGAUAAAAGGGGAUUAAAAAUACGAUCUUCAGAAUUUUUCGACCUCAAUUUUUCACAAUAUUCCCAAAUAUUUAGCACGUUCAGCAAUUCCAGAGAAAUUCCUUCCGAAGAAAUUGGGCCCGAUCUAAAUCUGUCUAUUAUCAGGGGGUGAAUGCCUAUGAAACGCGCACUGGCUAUAGGACCAUGGCGUCAGCAUUUUGAUGACGAAUUACGGUUACGCCAAAAUCAUUGGAAAAUCAUAGGAAAAACCAAGAAGUCUGUGACAAUAUGCUCGUGUUUAAUAUUGAAGACUUACCUUGCCAAUACAUUCCAGAUACUUCCGAUAGCCAUUUAUUGAUUCUAAUUUCCAGGGCCUAUCAGAGGGGGGGGGCAGAGGGGGCAAUUAGCACCGAGCCCCCAGUGUGAGGGGGCCCCCAAAUUUGGGAAAAAAACAAUGUGGAACGUUUUUUGAUAUAAAUAAUGGUUGAGAAAAAUUUUCUAAACCUAAGGGACCGGUCAUUCUUUAUGGUGGGGGAUGGCACCGAAGAGAAAUGUUUUUCGUAGCAAAAAUUUUGCUGACCCAACCAUUAAAAAGACAAAAAAUUGAUUACCCAACCUCAAAUAUAAAUUGAAAAAUAAUUACCCACCCCUGGCCAAAAACUUUACAAAAGGAUACCAUUCAGUUGUCACACAUGUCUUGUACCACUUCUAUGACAUGAGUUUGAUAACGGCUUGUGAAAUUUUCUGCAGUCUAAAGUUUCAUGUUGUCUGCACAUGCACUUUCUUUGGAAACACCAUUUGUUUUGUCAAAAUGAUCAAGAGAUAGUGACUCUGAUUGAUUCACGUAUUGUAUUGACAAAUGACUGUUGACAUUGCUUUUCAGUCUCCAAUAUUUCAGUGAGUCAUGCUUUGGAAAUGACAAUAAAUUUUUAUUACCCAACCCUUGAGUUGUUUUGUUUUUCAUUUACCCAACCUUUUACUUACUCAAAAUUUUGAUUACACAACCUUUUUCUCUCCGGUGCCACCCCACCCCGCCAUAAAUAAUGACGGGUUCCUAAAUUUUGCAGAUUUAUCUGUAAAAAAAUUUUUGACCCUUAACUUAACUGAUGUUAGUCCGGAAAAAUUUUAUUGACCCUUUUUUUUAAUGUCCGGAAAAAAUUUUUUUGACCUUUUUUUAAAUGUUCGGAAAAAUUUUUACCCCUCCCCCCCCAAAAAAAAAAUUUACCCCCGCUCGCCAACAUUUUUUGGAAAAAUAGGGCCCUCGAAAAAAAUAUUUGCCCUGGGUCCCCGAAUUUCUCUGAUAGCCCUGCUAAUUUUGUACAAAAAUUAUUAUUGAAAUUGCACUUUUAAACUAACUUAGGGUCGCACACGCCUCUCACAUACUCACUGAAGAACUCCACGUUAAUUAAAACCUCUUAAAUUACCUUGGUUGAAUAUGGCACAUAAAAACAAUUAACGAUGUUUCACUAUUUUUUUAGUUUUAACUACAUACAUGCAGUACAAGUCAGUGAUCUUCGUAUAUGUAGAAACAUUGUUUAUAUUCUUCAUUCUAGAAAAUGAAAAACUCUGCCAAAAGGAAUUAGUAAAUAUAGCAAUAAAAUAAACAGAUAAUUACGUCUAAACAUAAAAGGAAAUUAGUGAAUUGAUUCUUUAAGAUUCUUGUACAAAGAUGAAUAUUUUCAGUUGCAAUAAGAUGGAGGGACAUUGUCAAUUUUUCAAACAUACUUUAUGACAUACUAAAUAUACAGGGACUGUAUAUAAAAGUAAUUAAUGCAUGUUCACACAGACUGGACGUGUUGUAUCCAACAAUGCAAGAUAAGCGAAAAUUCAUUCCAACUAACGGACUUUAGUAUAAUUACAUAGGUGAUUAUUGAAAAUUCUCCACGCUGAUUGGUUGCCGUUGAGGUGAUUAUUACGCGAUAAUCACCUAAGCGGUUUUCAAAAUGGCGGCCGAAGCCGUUUUGUCAAUUAAAUGACGAAGAAAUGUGUAUUUUUUAUUUUUUUCCAAAUAAUCACCUAUGAAAUUAUACUAAAACAAUUAUUCACCUCGCCUUCGGCGAAUAAUUGUUAAAUAACGGGCAUAAUUAUAGAUAAUAUUACGCAUAUUAUAGAUUAUAUUACGAAUGUUCAAAAAGUGAGGGGGAUGCGUUUCCCUCGCCCCCAGAAUUGAAUAGAUGCUCUUGUUUAAUUAAACAGGUCUUACAAAAAUACCCGUUUAUAUUGAGCUAACCUUCCAAUUUUCUUCCAAUUUUCUUCAAUGCAUUCGACACACUCCAUUGCCACGUGCAUGAGCUCUAUAUGUUUAGUUCAAAUGACUGUUAGUAUUCUAUACUAUAACAUCUAAAUUGAAAUAUCCUUCAUCACACAACGAUGAACACCAUCUGUUCUUGUAUGACACAACUUUAAUUUUUGUUUUUGCAAACAGAAUGCAACGUCGACUGCACACAAAUUUAAUGAGAGUGCAUAAUGGCGGCCAAAAUAUGUUUUUGCAUUUCAUAACCCCAGUGCGGCGAUAUAAGGGAGGCUGACAACACUUACCUUACUUAUAUAACGGGAAAACAUAGUAGACAUAGGCGUUGAUGGUACAUGAUGAUAAACUUAGAUACUGUAAUCCGAGUAGUGAUGAGUCAGCUGUCAGUAAAAAAUGGACUCAAGACCACUAGGCACUAGUACGUACCCAUUAGUUGAGGUUGGCGCAAUAAUUUGCGAAAUAUCUUAUAUAACCGAGGCGUAGGACACGAUAAUCACGGUUACUUUCAUCCAAUACUUACUUGAUUUAUUUUUUUGCGUGAAAAGCAAAUACACAUGCCUCUAUAUAAGUCCGUAUGAAACACAAGAUAUACACAUCUACUAUAGACACAGACAAAUAAUUAUUUGACAAAUAAUUAUUUUUCAUAUAUGAAGGUCAAAUAAUUAUACCGAGUUCAGUUCAGAUGAUUAUGAAUAUCGUUUUAUUCAUCAACUAUAUACUUACGCGAGAUGUGCGUAAGAUAAGAUUACACACCUUCAUUUAUGCAGAGUAGUCCUACAUCAGCGACAGAAAUGUUACUGCUAUCAACAGGAGCUUUGAUAUAUAAAAUACAUAUGUUCAUUUAAGUAUUAUACAACAAUUUAUAAAAAAGUAAAAGUUCUACAGUAGAAGUUCAAUUUAAAAUUUAAAAAGCUAAAAUUCUCUAUCGAUCUAAAAGUCAUUGAGAUGUAAAAGGAUGUCUUAUAGUCCUAAUUAAUGCCUUCAUUUGUGGUUUCAUUAAAGUAUAGAUGUGGAAGUACAAUAUUAAAAAUCUCAUCGUUAACAACACGUUUCAACAAUGUUCCCUAUAUAGUUUAGACGUCAGUAUCAAGCAGUUGUCAUUAAUUAUAAGGGACAGCAGCGGUCGUUUCUUUUAAAUAAUGUAUUUAAAACGUGGUUAAUGUUGUAUAUUUAACAUAAGCAUGCCGAGCUCUCUUGAUAUGGAAAACAAUAUAAGUCAAAAUACCUUAACUUUAGUACAGAAAGAAAUUCGACCAAGCAAUUUAUCUACACAGGAAAGAUGAAAAUUGUUAACAACCAUACAAUAAAUAAUUUCGACAUUUCCCUUCAUUGUCAACCAAGUAUGACUUAUAUGAUUCAUUCUAAACAUCUUUCUAUCUGAAAGGAUAACGUUUUUGUUAUUAGGUGUAUUUACAAUUGCCUCAAUAACAUAGUCUGACGUUAAAGGAUAUGAAGCUGCAAAAACGAUAUACCUACUGUUCGCUAUUCAAUAUACAAAUGUGAUUCACGAAAUGUGAUGCGAUUCCUUCAUUGACAAAGGUGAAUGUCAGUGAUCAGGUCUCCAUGUGAAUAUUUGUUUGUAUCUUUACUAAAACAUAGAGAAACCCAUAUUGUUUUAUCAUGUUCUUAUAUCGUAAACUGAAAGCGUCAUUACGUCAACUUUCGCAGGAUGGCGAAAAGUUCCAGUGAGAGAUUGGAUCCAAAAUGAAACAUUAAUUAUCGACAUGUUCUAGCUUUUGCUAUCUUAGAACACAUCAUAUUACCAUAUAAGGUCAAACAGUUAUAAUUUGCUACCCAGAAUUACAAACACUUGUACGUCUAUUGGAUAAUUGUUUUGAAUAGAAUGGAUGGUAGAUGGAAUAGAAGAAGAGGAAAAGAGUUUGGAUUUGAAGUAAAGAGUGUCAGUUAAGGAUCAAGAAGACAGUAUACGUAAAUUCAAUGUGCAUGCAUGCAUGGUACAUAUAUAUAAUACUUGGUGUAAUGACAAAUAUUGCAAAUCAAGGAAAGGGAAUAUAAAAACAAAGAGGGCAGGAAUUGCUAAAAUAAAGACGAUCACAAAAAAUGACAAAAUAAAGACGAUCCUAGACUUAGAUUACUAUGAACACUAGCCUAAUAUUUGUUUACAAAUUUUAAGAUGUUUUAAGACAUCAGCAUUUGUUAUUCAAAUUGUAAGAGAGGCUGGAAGAAUACACGAUAACAGGCAGCGAUAACAGAAAAUGAUUCGCUGAGGCAGUUUAGGAAAGGGAGCCAGAUUAUCUUGAAUUUAUUCAAAUUUGGCUUUAAAAAAGCAUAGCAUAUAGUCUCAGAAGGAGCUGCCGCAUAAUAACCUUAGCUAACACUGUAACAGUUACCUACCUGCAGGCUACAGCUACAAAAUGUAUAGGUUCAUAAUCGCGUGUAUAAUUUUAAAAGUAUAUUGAAACAAAAUGUAUUUUAUGACAAAAUUGUAUAGUUUCUACCGCCCUGAUUAAUUUUGAUAAAAUAAUAUAGGCUCACUGAAUUUACUUAUAGCCUACUGUACUUGUAAUUCGGUAUAUAAUGGCUCAUUAUUAGGCUACCUUUAUACCCUUUCCUUAGUUAUAAACGUAGGCCUAGAGCUAAUGGCAAAGUAUCUCAAGCAUUUCUAUUAACAAAAUUAAAUAACAUGUCUAAAUAAAUGCAUGCAGUGUGAUGGUUCCACAUACUCAUACAGAUUUUCAACUAAAAUGCUGUUUGGGACUUUGUUGUAUACGUCAAUUCACAUAUAGACUGAACACAACCCUGAAGAAGCUGAACAGAGCGGGAAAAAUAUAGUCACUAUUACCAACUCUUGCAUGUCAGCCAAAUCCGUUAUACACUUUGAGAAAAUAUGUUGACAGUUAAAUCGCGGUUGUAAGGGCAAAACGUAAAAGUUGUGUUUUAGUUUAAAUAAGUAUACUAGAAUCUCUAGUUUAGAAUCUCUUACACGACAUCAAUGAUAAGAGCUAUACGAAUCAGAAUUUAUAUGUACUGAAGCAAACUGAAAUAAACAUACUACUAUUUUAUAGUAACAUAUAUAAGACGUUAGUCAUGUUAUAAUUGAGUAACACACGUCUUUAUAGAGAAAACGUACCUUAUAUUAAAUGGAUUAUCAUUUGUAAACUUUGUUCGUGAUGCCGGUUGGUUUAAACUGCAGCUGCUCUCGAAUAUUAUGUUUUUUGUUUAGUCGAUUCUGAUACCAAGUGUUCAUGAAUAUGUAAUAACGCGCUUCCGACCAAACGAUAAUGAAAAUUGAAGUUAUUAUAUCUUGAUCAAGGAUUAUGGGAGACAAAACAUGGCUGUCCAGAUGUUUAACGGGAACGUUCCUUGCAUGUUGUUUAAGGUACAAACGAGUGAACAAACUUAUAGAAAUACAGAAAGUUUAUAAAUUGUAUAGUGUAUACGUAUAUGAAACAACCGCACGUUACACGUAUUAAACCCCUGCAGAGACUGCCAUGCAGUGCGUCGUAAACUAUACAGUUUUUACAACUGUCGAUCGGAAUAUAUUCAUUGUUUCCUCCAUUUUUAUUUACAUUCACUCUGCAUGUUCAUUAAUAUGUGCAAAUAUAAUUACCAAACGGGAACACAAGCUGUCCUUCGGCCCAAUAUUUCCCUCACUAGAUAUGACUGUCUCAAACCCUGGAGUAUUUCUAAAGUGGUGCAUUGUAUAUACCUUUAGAUAGAAAACAUAUUUCUUGAUUCAAAAGUGGUUAUCUUGAUUAACGCGAUGGAAAUAGACAUGUUUUAUCUUGUAAUUCAUGCAAGUUGGAAAAACAUCUGCUCCUCCGUCUGAUAACAAAUUUGUUUCAAAUUUACUUCGUCUUCGAAUCUUGUAAUGUUAACCGCACACUGAAACCACCGCCGGUUAAACUGUAAUGUUGUAAAGUUAGUAAAUUAACUAAAAGUACUGCACAUAGUACCAUAGCUUUUUAUAGUUUUGAUCAACCAUUGCCAAAGUGCAAUUGUUUUGUUUUCUGGACAAAAUAAGUUACUAUCGAUUUGAUAUUGCAUUUUUGAUGAUCCUAUCUCCUAUAAAAUUUGGCUUCAUACAUUCUUAUGUUGACAAGAUGUAUAGAAUUAAGUUAAAGAUCUAGACGAAUGCGUAAUUGUGCACUGUCAUGGACCACUAUCAACUGCAAUUACAACAAUAUAACCGUCUACUGCUACAACAAUCCGGCUACUGCAACAACCACAACAAAAAUUAAUAGAAAAGAACAAUAGCAAUAGGGCCAUUUAUACGAUAGACUAUUUUAUCUUUACCACAAUUGUGAUAAUACUUUCUUAACUGUGUUUAUCCUAACCCACCCUGUCAACUUUCCACAUUGUGGGAGGAAACCCGAGCACCCGGAGAAAACCCACGACUUUCGGCAGAGCGUGGGUCUAUGCAUGGGUCUAUGCGAGCACUAUGAGUCCGUAGUGAGAAUCGAACCCACGAAUUUCGAAUGUACUAAUGUGUUGCAUGUUUUUACAAAUAUGCUAACUUUAAUGAUUAUUUAUUUUUAGAGACGUGAAGUAGCAAACUUCCUAAAUGGCGAGGUUGUGGACGGUCAGCGGGUCAACGAUGCAGGAGUUUCAAAACAAAAAACUGUGGUGCAGUCAGAUUCACGUGGCUUCACUUCCAGUCAUCUUAAAAAAGAACUUACAUACGAUAAAGCUCGCAAUAAACUGAAACAAAAUAUUUCACCAACAACACCAGUGUCAUCUGAUGGUGGAGAUCAAGAAAGACCACUUUUUCCUACAGAAAAUCAUAGACGAUAGCAUGAAUUAGACAUAAAAUUAAUCUAUACCGAAGUCUCGAAGAUGAAAUGGCGACCUUAAUUCUUAAACCAUUGUGAAUGGUAUCAAUAUUGAAGCGAAACUAUGGCAAAACAAUACAAAACAUAAACGCGACAGCAACAUGUACAUGCAUGCAUGCAACGGAGAAUUAUUUCUAGCUAUCGUCAGAGGUUAAAGCAUGACGUCACCGUAAGGUUGUCGACCUUAUGCAUGAUUGAACGUCACAAUUUUGGAGAAUAUUAUAUACUGGCCACAGAAACCACAGACAUUGCAGGGGAUUUAAUAUUAAAAACAUUAAUUCUUUCCCCAAAGGCAAAGAAUAUAAUUUAUAUACUGGAAAUAAUGCAUGUUUCUGAAUUUGUUGGGAAUCAUUUUGGCUUUCUGCAUGGGAUCGAAGCAAAUUAAAUGUGUUUUCCUACCAACGGCAACGGUAUCAAGGGUGGGCAAAAGGAAAAACAUUCGAGGGUACAUCAAAAUUUUAAAAUGUUUCCGCAACAAUUCAAAUCCAUAUUGCUUCAGACCAAUAUACUCCUUGCAUGUAUAUGUAAAUGACAAGAUGUUCGCAUUUGUCUCGUUUUAUUGUUCUAGUAUAGCAUGCAUAUAUUGGUAGAUAGUAUUUCUAUUUUGUAACUAUUGUUUUUUCACUGAGGAAAUCGUCAACUGCUCAGUAUAGGUUUCGAGUGCAAUUUGAAUAAAACUGCAUGAGUGAGUUUUUCAAAGAGCAUCAAAAUAACACGAGUCCGAAGGACGAAUGCUAUUUGAAACGAGUGCUUGUUUAAUCCAAAUUUCACGAGAAACCAUCC